AGAUGUUACGUAUAAGAUACCAGUUAAAGGCGAAAAGAACUCGGAUGCAAACAAGUACAUACUUCAUGGAAUAACUGGUUUGGUACAUCCAGGAGAGGUUCUUGCACUGAUGGGACCAUCGGGAGGGGGGAAAACAACUCUUCUCAAUUUACUUGGUGGAAGAAUGAAGUUCCACAGUAGUACCGUUACCGACAAUAAUCAAACAUAUUCCAAGUCACUGAAAUGGAGGAUCGGUUUUGUAAUGCAAGACGACGUCUCGUUUCCUCAUCUUACAGUCAAGGAAACUCUAACCUAUGCAGCUCUGCUCCGUCUCCCGUAUACCUUAACCAUGGAGCAGAAGAAGGAAAGGGCAACUAGUGUCAUUACCGAGCUAGGCCUCGAAAGGUGCCAAAAUACAGUGAUCGGUGGGACAUUUUUUAGGGGAGUUUCUGGAGGUGAAAGAAAAAGGGCGUGUAUUGCCAGUGAAAUUCUUCUUAAUCCAUCACUUCUAUUAUUGGACGAACCGACAUCAGGUUUAGAUUCAACAACCGCUCUUCAAAUAGUUCAGAUGUUAAGAAACAUUGCCUGGUCUGGCAAGACGGUGGUGACUACAAUACAUCAGCCUUCUAGUAGAUUAUUUAGUAAGUUCGACAAGCUGAUUCUCUUGGGUAAAGGCAGCUCCUUGUACUUUGGAAAGGCCUCGGACGCCAUGCUUUAUUUCUCUUCUAUCGGCUGCACUCCACUCAUAGCCAUGAACCCUGCAGAGUUUCUUAUUGAUUUGGCUAAUGGGGACAUAAAAGACAAGUCAGUUCCAUCAGAUUUGGAGGGAAAGUUUUCACCCAGGAACAAAAGUCUUGAUAUGAAACAUGGAGAGCCUUGCCAUGUUGAUGUCUAUGAGUAUCUGGUGGAAGCCCAUGCAGUGAAGGAAGCAAAGUCGGAGAAGACAAAGCUGAUAAAUCCCCUACUGAUAGAUGCUGAACCUGUGAUGAAGAAAAGGUCGAACGCAAUGGAAUGGGGAGCAACAUGGUGGGAUCAGUUCUCGAUUCUUUUCCGAAGGGGCCUUAAGGAAAGACGCCAUGAAUACUUCAGCUGCAUGCAUGUAAUGCAAGUUCUUUCGGCUGCUAUAACGAUGGGUUUACUUUGGUGGCGCUCUGAUGCUUCCUCUCCUAAGGGACUUCAGGAUCAGGCAGGCUUUUUAUUCUUCAUUUCAGUGUUUUGGGCAUUCUUUCCGAUGUUUACUGCCAUUAUCGCAUUCCCUCAAGAGAGAGUGAUGCUAGCUAAGGAAAGAUCAGUGGGAAUGUAUAGACUCAGUGCCUAUUUGUUAGCCAGAAUGACUAGUGAUCUUCCUUUGGAUCUCAUUUUGCCUUUAGUGUUCCUUGUGAUUAUCUAUCUCAUGGCAGGCUUGAAGCCAACAUUUACGGCAUUUUCGUUCACAACACUUGCUGUUUUCUUAAGUGUUGUUGCUUCCCAGGGCCUUGGCCUUACUAUAGGAGCAGCCUUCAUGGAUGUGAAAAAAACCUCAACUUUAGCUUCUAUUGCAAUAAUGACUUCCAUGUUAUCUGGUGGAUUCUUUAUCCAGAAAGUUCCGGUGUUUAUGUCAUGGGUACGAUACAUCUCAUUUACGUAUCAUACAUACAGGCUGCUACUCAAGAUUCACGACGGUUGCUCGACGGCCAGUUCAUGUGCGGAAUCGGGUUCAUCUUGUAUGUCUCCUUUCAAAGGGCUGAUACUCGAUUGGGAUGGCAUGGAAGUCGGUACUAUGAUAGCGAUGAUCAUCGUAUAUAGGAUACUAGCCUACGUAUUCUUGAGGAGAAUGAAAUUAAUGACAAUAAUUUAGACUAUAUUUUCGACAAUGAUGAUUUGUAAACAUCAGCUUGGUGAAGCUAAUAAUAAUUAGUGGGGUAAACGGAAAAGGUCAAAUUAUCAAAUCCUUAAUAAAUUGAACUUGAUGAGUUUC